AAUGUUUUAAAGUAAAAGUAUUUCAGCUUGAAGUGUGUAGUAAAGGUUGUUGGAUUGAGUUGGAUACACGAGAUCACUGGAAACAGGGGAUAUAUAGAUAACUGUGGCGCAUUUUCAAUUUGUUCACUUCAAAACCGAUGGUUUUAUUGACAAUAUUUUUGGAAUGCGUGCUUAAAAUUUAUUAGUUAUUCAUGAGCGUACGGCGGCUAUCGAUUAAUGCGAUAAUAAUAAAUUAAUAUAAAACGCAAUAUUCAAUUGCGUGAGUGUGAAAGGAAACUCUCGUGCAGAACAGGUCAAGAAGCCAUAAAUAAAUUAUUAUAAUUGCUGUACGGCCGCCCCAAAAUCUGUAAUCGAAAUGCUUGUAUCUGUAGUGGCGCACAGAUCCAACAUGUCAGCGGAAGCAUCAAAUGGCAGCAGCCCCUCACCCGCCGCCUCAGCCGAGCCCCCAGUGGCUGAAGUCGCACAAUUGGCUUUAGAAGAUGAACCGAAAGUCAGUUUCCAAGAUCAAUUUAAGGCCUUCUCCAAAUUUGGUGACACAAAAUCAGACGGCAAAUUGAUUACAUUAUCGCAAAGUGAUAAAUGGAUGAAACAAGCUAAAGUGAUCGACAAGAAGAUCACCACAACUGACACGGGCAUACACUUUAAGAAAUUCAAAGCGAUGAAAAUCUCCUGUGCUGAUUACAAUAAAUUCCUUGAGGAUUUAGCGAAGGCGAAAAAGAUCGAGUUGAGUGAAAUAAAAAAGAAAAUGGCUGCUUGUGGAGCGCCGGGUGUUCUGCAGGUUUCGGCUGGCAAAGCAGCAUCGGCCGUUGAACGACUCACUGACACCAGCAAGUAUACUGGGUCUCAUAAGGAGCGCUUCGAUGCCACAGGUAAGGGCAAAGGUAUCGCUGGCCGUAAGGAUUUGGUGGACGCAUCUGGCUACGUAUCUGGUUACCAGCACAAGGAUACAUACGAUCCCACUCACUAAAGGCAGAAAAUUUCCAAUUAACUCGGAGCAAACAUGAACACAUUUAUAAUCUCUAUAAAAGAAAAAUACUUAAAUAAAAUCACAAAACUGCACAAAUAAGCUUUCAUGCAGGUUUAUAUAAAUAUUAGGUUUACACAAAGCUAUUUAAUGCAUUUUUAUUAUUACUUUAGAACUUUGCCUAAAAGUGGCUUAGAAAAGCAAAAAACAUACGUAAAAGUAUUUAGUUUUUAUUUAGUACUCUUUUCGUGGCAAUUUAUUGAAUACACUUUUGUGAUACUUUUAAUUAAUAUUACAAUAAAAGAAUACAACUUUUGCUAAUAUAGAAUAUGGUAUUAUAUUUGUGGUAGUCUGCUUCUUAAUCUGGUGUUUUCAUUUAGUAUUGCAUAAAUAUUUUUUUCAGUCGCUUUUAAUUUGAACAUUUUAAUAUUAAUAUACAAAAUUUUCGGCGAACUGAUGAAGAAAAAAUCGGGAACAAAAUUAAACGUGACAUUAAAAAAGUUCAAAAUUUUUUAUUCAAAUACACUAUAUACAUACAUACAAGCCCGACGAGAGCGGGGGGGACCGGGUACUUUUUCCCCCGGGCCCGGAGUUUUCAGAGGGGCCCGGACUCGAGAUUAUACGUCUUUAUAUGAAUUAGACAUCAUUGGAAAGGGCCCGCAUUUGCAAUUUUCCCCCUGGGCCCGGAUUUUCCCCCGGGGCCCGGAUAUGCUCUCUACGGCCCUGCCUACAUAUAUACAUACAUAGGUAUAUAAAAUAGGACCACUUACUAAAAUUAAGUAUAGUUUUUACAUGAAAAUAAAGUAAUAUGUACGUUUUGAAAAAAUGUUAUUGAUAAUAUUUUUAUCCCUCUCUUUUUUGUA